AUGAUCAAAUCAAAAGGCAUUGGACAUGGAGGACAAUUCAAACUCGAACGUUUUCUUGGGCGACUUCGAGAAGUUUUACGAGAUGGAGACUUUGAUUUUGAAGUAGAUUUACUGACUUUAAUAUUUUUCGAAAAACCAGGUUCAGGAUCUGUUGGUAGCCAUAAUUCAAUAUCUCUGAAAGCAUUAGUCCAUUGA